AUGAACGGCACCAGCUGCAACAUCACCGCCUACGAAAGCUUCCCGCUCAUCCAGCUCUGUGUUUACAUCCCGGUUUUCCUCUCGGGCAGCGUGCUGAACGCGCUGGCGCUGUGGGUGUUCUGCUGCAAACUCGACAAGUGGACAGAAACGCGGGUGUACAUGGCCAACUUGGCUCUGGCCGACUGCUCGCUGCUCUUCACUCUGCCCUUCAAAAUCCUCUCCCACUUCUACCACAUGAAGGCGGACAGAUGGUGCCUGUUUCUGGAGAGCGCCUACUUCACCAACCGCUUAAUGAGCAUCGGCGUGAUCACCGUGGUAGCUGCUGACAGGUACCUCACUAUCAAGUAUCCCCUGAAAGCCAAGAUGCUGAGGUCUCCCCUGAAGGCCGCUCUUGCCUCUGGGUUCCUCUGGAUAGUCAUCAUCGGAACCGUCCUCCUCGUUAAAAAAGUGGAGACCCGGGAGCAGGAUGAACUUUGCUUUGAGAAGCUUUCCACCGAGCCCUCGGUGCCCACGCUGGGCGUCAUCAUCGGGGGCUUCUUCGUGCCGCUCAUCAUCUUGAGUUUUUGCUCCAUACAGGUCAUCGCAGAGCUCACGAGGAAAAAAAAGGAGAARUGCCACGAGGAAAAGCUCAUCAGGAAGGCCGUCUACAUUGUUUCUGCAAACAUGGCUGUGUUCAUCCUGUGCUUUUUGCCUCUUUACAUCGGGCAUCUGCUUCGCUUUAUUUUGGACUCCACCAGCUCCAGCUGCGCCRCCAUCCAGCGGGUUAACAACUUCGUCCACCUCGCCUCGGUCCUGGCCAACGUGAACUGCUGCCUCGAUGCCAUUUGCUAUUACUUCGUCACCAAGGAAUUUAAGAGAGCCUCGCCCAAGCUGGCGAGGUCGAGGUCGGAAGGCAGCGAGGCUGCUGAAAGCUCCGCUCGCUCCCACGCGGAGCAGCCCGCGGCCCGACGCGCGCAGCCCGCGCGCCACGCGGGGACCUCCUGCGCACGGGAGCAGCCGAGGCAAACGAAAACUGCCGCCCGUUAA